UCUGAUCCUGGAAGUGGAGGAAACACUGUAACUAUGACUCAAAAUCCAGGUGCAGUAAAGGAAAUAACUUUCUUGCUACUUUUGUAUAAGUUUGAAAUUUUUGUAAUAUGUUUUUUAAAAAUGUAUACAUAUCUUCAGGAUGUUAUUUGAAGUGAGAACUACUCUUUCCUCAGCUUUUUAUGAGCACCAUGUGAAUAUGAAUGUUGAUUUUAUUAAGAGAAGAGUUUAUAUAAUACCACUUUAAAGCUGUUAGUCAACUGUUUAUAGCAACGGUUUUGCCAGAUUUUAAACACCUGUUGUGGUGCUUAGAAACAAGCCUAAGAAAAUGAAAGCAAAGAGGUGAGUAUGAUACAAUGCUUCUCAUACAAAAGGACAAAGGAACAAUUAGUAUGAAGGAAGUUGUAGGUAGAAGGAAACUUCUAUUUUUUCCAGUAGCUGCUUUCUUUUCCUUUUUGUCUUCCUCUAGCCAUUGCCACAUGAGACCAUAGUCUGACCUCUAGAAGUUGCCCAUUGAAUAGCCUUCUUUGUAGCCAUCUUUCACCCUGCUUUACUCAUUUUGCACUGUGCUCAAUUUUUGUGGAGGAACAAGGAUGAAUCUCCAUUCCCUAUUAGAGAUUAUUAGACAUAUUCGGAGAAAUUAGAGGUUACCAGAUGAGUUCCCCCAUAGCCAUUAUUGUGCUUCAGCUGGAGAAGUGUUGACCCAGGUGUGAAAAGAGCAGAGAGAGGAGAAAAGACCAAGUUGAGAAAGAAUUACAUGGCCUGAGGAGGACUUGUCUGAUUGCAGAGACAAGCCCUGGCAAGGACUGGUUGGGUAUCUGUAUUUGAUUCCGUAGGUUCACAUGGCAUUCAGAAAAAUGUUGAACUUGAGUAGUCUACUCUAGCGCUUAUAAAAUAGUAUCAAGCUUUUUCUUCUUGCUUCAUUAAGAAGAUCAGUACCACCAGAGAUGGGGGGACCGUCAUCUUCCUGUCACCGUGAGGCACCCAUCUUCCCCUCCUACCCUUCAGGCACAGGGAGGAUGUGCCUCCCCUCCUAUCUCAGGAACCCCUCUCUGUGGGUUCUGGAGCCAGUCCCAUCACAUCAGCUCAAGGAUGUACUCCUUUCAUAAUCCCUUCUCUCCACCAUUAUUAAUAUUUCCUUCUACCAGAUCAUUUACAGCAGUAGAUUAAAAUACUUUAAAAUCUCAACUCAAAAACAAAUCCUCUCUUUAUCCUCUUUUCCCCUCCGCCUCUAAGCAUUUCUCUGCUCCUCUUUAUAGCCAGAUUUAGUUUCCUUCACUCCAUUCCUCACUUUUCCAUUCAUUCUUUAAAUUUUUAGAAAUCAUGAGAUAUCUCAAACUUUACAAAAUGUUAUGAAGACAAUAUCAUAAAUUCAUAUGCCCACUACCCAGACUUGACCCAAGACAACAUGUUUUAAUUUCCAUGUUAAAGAAAUAGUAGGUUACAGAUAUGUGAAAGACCCACUCAACCAUCUCAUUCCCCUGCAACUCUUCGCAGGAGAAACCACUAUGCUGGAAUUGGUGUGUCGACUUCCCAUCAAUGUUUUAUUGUUUUUAAUAAAUAGGUGUGUGGCCUUGAACAAUAGAAUGUUGUUUGUGGUGCUUUAAAAAUUUUACAUAAAGUAUAUAUGCAUAGUUUCCUGAACUGGGAGCAGGAGCCGCAGACACCAGCGCCUUCUUCCCGGGCCACCGCUCCGUCGCUGUCGCCCGGCCUCCCUCGGACCCGAGAGCAGGCCGUGGUCCUGCCGCGCGGGACGGCAACCGCGCGCUUGGCGCUCCGGCCCGGGGCACCGCGUCCUGCGGGGCGACCGCCUUCCCCGCCUGCCCACCCGCCCGCGGCCCUGUAGCUGCUUCUCCCGCUCGGGCGGCCGCUGCCAUGGGCACCGACAGCCGCGCGGCCGGGGCUCUUCUGGCGCGGGCCAGCACCCCGCACCUGCAGACCGGGAACCUGCUGAACCGGGGCCGCCUGCGGAAGAAGUGCCCGUCCGCACACAGCGAGGAGCUUCGAGAUUGCGUCCAGAAGACUUUGAAUGAGUGGAGUUCCCAAAUCAGCCCAGAUUUGGUCAGGGAGUUUCCGGAUGUCUUGGAAUGUAUUGCAUCUCAUGCAAUAGAAAAGAUAAAUCCUGAUGAGAGAGAAGAAAUGAAAGUUUCUGCAAAACUGUUCAUUGUGGGAUCAAACUCUUCAUCAUCAACUGGAAAUGCAGUUGACGUGGCCUGUUCAGUCCUUGGCGUUGCACAGCUAGAUUCCGUGAUCAUUGCUUCACCUCCUGUUGAAGAUGGAGUUAAUCUCUCCUUGGAGCAUUUGCAGCCUCACUGGGAGGAACUGGAAAACUUAGUUCAGAACAAAAAGAUUGUUGCUAUUGGUACCUCUGAUCUAGAUAAAACACAGUUGGAGCAGCUGUAUCAGUGGGCACAGGUAAAACCAAAUAGUAACCAAGUUAAUCUUGCCUCCUGCUGUGUGAUGCCACCUGAUUUGACUGCGUUUGCUAAACAAUUUGACAUACAGCUGUUGACUCAUAAUGAUCCAAAAGAACUGCUUUCUGAAGCAAGUUUUCAAGAAGCUCUUCAGGAAAGCAUACCUGACAUUCAAGCACAUGAGUGGGUACCACUGUGGCUUCUGCGAUAUUCAGUGAUUGUUAAAAGUAGAGGAAUUAUCAAAUCAAAAGGCUACAUUAUACAAGCUAAAAGAAGGGGUUCUUAACCAGGAUCCAUGAUCAUAAUUUACUGACUUUGUAUUUUCCUUGCUUAUAAGAUAAAACUGAGAUGUGUAAAAAUCUAGUUACUGCCUGUAAAUGGUUUCGUGGAGGCAGAUAUCCUUUUAGUCAUAUUUGACAUUAUUUUGUCUGUCAAGUGUCAGUUCCUUUUCUUUCCUCCAUACCAGUUCACUCACAUGAGCCACUAUAUUGUUUGCAUUAAACUAUUGUUCUCUAAUUGAAAUUGUCUGUAAAGAAAAUACUUGCAAUAUAUUUGUUCCUUUAUUUUUAUGACUUAAUAGAAAUCAAGUAAAAUGUUGGUAGAUAUAUUUUGGCCUAGGCAUCAGGGUAAUAUAUAUACUUAUUUUUUAUUUCCAAAAAAUAAUUCAUUAAUGCUUCUUACUCUCUAAUAUAACUAAGCAAUUUAAUAACUGUUAUUAAAACUGAAAUACUGGAAGAUAUUUUUCUGUUACUGAUAAUUAUAUUUCAGAGUAACUGGAGUAGCCAGGAUCUACUAGUAGUGUAAAUAA